AUGAAACAUGAAGCUGAUGGUUUCAGAAAACUCGCAAAGAACCUGCUGGAUGCUCUAGGUGGCGUUGCCGAGUUGCGCCUCUCAAUCUACGAGUUCCUAUGUGUAGAGAAAGACGGUGUUCACAUACCAGAUUUCAACCACGACUUCUUUCAUGAACACGAUACGGCAGACACGGUGAAUUGGGUCGCUAUGGAGGAGAUAUCCUGGCCUGAUUUACCAGAUCAAGAUGAGAAGAAAGCGAUCGUAGAUCGUCGGCUGGCAGCUAUCAGAGAACGUUACAUAUUUGAUCCCAAGCUAUUUGGUCCUCAGAUGGCUCGGGAAGUCACAGAGGCCUUCCUCGAGAUGAACGUACUCCACUUCCGCGAUGCACGAUUUAUGAACGAAUUUAUCAACACACCUUUCCCGUGCGGGGCUAUUCCCAGAGAUCACGUCCGGAAUAUCGUAAUCUAUAUACGAUUUGAAGACUUCCUCGAGAGAGCUGGUUGGGAUGUGCGUUCGUGCCCCGAUACGCCCCAUGAACCAGGCCCGGACUUCAAAUGGAGAGAACACGGUGUUUACAGCACCUUUCGCCGCGACAUCGCUUUCAUUCAGCGUCUUGUAUUUGCCGGACCUCCGGAAGUUACAUUGCUCAUGGUUACACCAUUUGGCCGAUGGGAUGCGAAAGAGCUUGACAAGGAUCGCAUUAACCUCAAUUUCCUAGAGGUCAUACUGCCAACCUACAAUCAUCUGAAGAAGAAUGGGUCAGCCACCAAGGUCAUUUCUAAGAAGCUUGAUAGCUUGAUUGAUAAGGGCUGGUACUCUGGGGGAGCGGGUUGGGUCCGUCACGAUGAUGAAGACGUCACUUGGCAAGUCGAGAUCGCCGCCAAUGCAUAUUCUCAGUCUACUAUUGACAAUUACGUCUAUCCGGGUGGUCGAAAGAGCUCGGAGCGCAUCCAGUUAGAGAAGGCUAUCAAGGAAGCUGCUGCACAACGCGCCGCCUAA